AUGGCUCCAAAUAGAAGAUGUCCAUUUGGAUUAUCCGACCAUCUCACAAUCACUAUUUUCCCAGCUAUACGACAAAAAUCAGUGUCCGAAAAGAAAAUAAUAAAAGUGCGCGAUAAAAGAAGAAGUAAUAUCUCCAGUCUUGGCCGGUUUUUCCAGAACGUUCCAUUUGAAGAUAUUUUAUCAUCAGUUCAAUCUCCUUGUGAAAAACUCUCAAUUUUUACCGAAAUAGUAAACUACGGACUGAACACCAUUAUGCCAGAAAGAUCUAUCAAAGUGCAUGCUACUGACCGUCCGUGGAUGACAAAUAAUUUGAAACGACUUAUCAAUAAAAGACAGAAGGCAUUUGCAACGGGUAACAAACCUUUGUUCUCUCUCCUACGAAAUAAAGUCAAUCGUGAAAGAAAACGAUGCCGUGAAAUAUAUUAUAAAACUAAAGUGCAGGAUCUCAAAAAUACUAAACCUAGUCAAUGGUGGCGCGAAAUAAAACAACUCUGUGGCUGCAAAACAACAAACCGUUAA